CCCGAGGCGGCAAAUCGCUUUGUACAGUAAAUUAGUUCUACCUUGUGCGGUGGAGCAUCGGAGUUUCUCAACACUGUCGAAAACAUGUUUCUGCAAUCGUUUUUCUCCGUGUAAUAACUCUGAUUUACAGCGCUGCACGAGAAGAAGACAAAACCAGAAAGAGGGGAACUGAUCUUGCACCCCAAGCUCUUCGGAUUUCUCCACCCGCUUCCAGUUUUCCGCUUAUUUUCUCACUCCCAUUAUCAGCUGUCGGUUCCUAGGGGUAUGGGAUUCGCUUUUUUCUGUAAGAGUGAACGGCGGACAGUUGCAAGCGAUGUUAGACUUUAAUAUUUGCGUGUCAAUUGCAUUGCAUAAGUGCAUGACGCGCUCUUUUCGUGUAUAUAAAGUGGAGAUGAUGCAAGUGGAGCAACAAAUCAGAUUAAACCAUGAGAAGGAAAUGGCAUAUUUAACAUAUAUUAUUGGACUUCUUGCUAGUGGCAGAUGAGCAAGCUAAGGAAGGGUGCUACAUAUCUAUGGAAAAUACUUUUCAAUUAGACUCUUUUUUCUUAUUGGUAAGCAAAUUGUUAUAAAGAUUAAUAUAAGAUGGCUCGAAAAGGAAGUCAACCGAGAAAUGGUUAUGAUCGCAAGACAAACAAAUUUCAAAAUGUAAUUCCAGGAUCAUUGGAUGAGUCUUCCAUUGAAAGCAAAGAAACGAAAGCAAAAGGUGACCACAAUGAUCAGCCAAAUGGUGAUUUCCAAGUCAGAUCGAGCAAUCCUUUUGUUAAGAAAGGAAUAAAUACCGAGACUACUGGGACUGUUAGGAGUUCCAAGCAAAGAACCUCUGAUGUUCAUUUAAGGGAGAAGUCAUUUAGUAGUAACCAGAGUUCAGCACGAGCAGAUAUGUCUUUUAAAGCAGCUGACAUUACAGAAAAUGACUUGUUAUCAGAUGCGUACAUGUCCAUUGAAUCUAAUGGAGUGAUGCUCAAUUAUAAUUGCAAUCUUAGCAACAACCUGUUUAGUAGAUUUUCAGUAGGAAGUACUGCAUCUAUUGUUGGAUCUCUGCAUACUAUUAGUGAUUGGAGUUUUAGAUCUGCUUCACAUGUCCUUAAAAUUGCUAGUGAAUGGAUUGAGCAUCUAAAACCUCGGGUCUCUCCUUUAAUCUGCUAUAUGCAUAAUACCUAUGAUUAUGUUAUUGCAAGAAUCAAGUUUGUGUAUCCUGUGAUUUGUACUUGGAUUUUGCAUUUUGGCAAAUUGGCAUUUUUUCUUUCUGCGAUUUGGCUAGACUGCAGCAUAAGGGGUGUUACUUCAUUAUUUCAUUUGGGUACGGCAUCAUUAUUUACAGUUCUCUGGUGCAGCCUACUUUCAAUCAUUGGUAUGGUUGGAUUCAUAAAAUUCCUUAUCAUGGCGGUCAUUGCCUUUCUGCUGUUGAUUUUCGUUGGCAUUGUUCCUGCAAUUUUGGUGCCUGCGAUUUCUGCAACUGUGGCUUUGUGGCUUUGUGGAAGCUUUUGGACGACAAGCCUUAUAAUUUUUCUUGGAGGUGUCUCAUUUUUCUUGCAUCAUGAACGAAUUGCACUUUUUGUGACCUUGUUGUAUUCUCUGCUCUGCGUUAGAAGUUACAUGGGAUUUCUUGGCUUGCUUUUUGGCCUUAAUCUAUCUUUUAUCUCUAGUGAUGUUCUAAUUCAAGUCCUAAAGAAUAAUGCAAAUGAAAAUAGGGGAUCAGCUGAUUUUUUCAAUGAGAUCCCUUCAACCAGCGGCAGAGAGACAGAGUUGACAUCAGAAGAUGAAGUUGGUCGGCUGUUGAACUGUGGUGAUCACUAUGCAGUGUUGGGCUUCAACCGCUUUGAAAAUGUUGAUAUAUCUGUACUCAAGAAAGAGUAUCGGAACCAGGCAAUACUAGUCCAUCCUGACAAGAACAUGGGCAAUGAGAAAGCUGUAGAAGCCUUUAAAAAACUUCAAAAUGCAUACGAAGUUCUGCUAGAUUCAAUAAAGAGGAAGAACUAUGACGAUGACCUAAGGCGGGAGGAGCUUUUAAAUUACAUUAGAAGUUUUCAGACUUCAUCCUACAAGGAUGAGAGGCAUGGUAUCUUCAGUUCUGAAUUCACCCAUAUUGAUGCUGAAGAUAGUGGUCCCCAUGGAGAUUCAAGAAGAAUAUUUUGCAAGAAGUGUGGUACCUUCCAUAUCUGGACUCUUGUAGAAAGAUCAAAAUCUCAAGCAAGAUGGUGUCAGGAUUGCAAUGAUUUUCAUCAGGCUAAAGACGGUGAUGGCUGGCUUGAACAGUCAAAUAUUCCAUUUUUUUUUGGAUUGCUGCAGAAGGUUGAUACACCACGUGCUUAUAUUUGUGCAGAAAGCAAAAUAUAUAAUGCAACCCAGUGGUUCAUUUGCCAGAGAAUAAGAGUUCCUGCAAACACGCACAAGCCUAGCUUCCAGGUGAACAUCAGCUUAUCUUCAAAAAACAAUGUCAAUUCCAAAGCGUCCGGCUCAUCUCAUAGAGACAGCGGAAGCAUGCCAUCUCCCAACAUGGGUGACAGCAUGACCGAGGAAGACUUGUACGAAUGGUUGCAGAAUGCCAUGAAUUCAGGAAGAUUUGAACCCGACUCCAUCCACAAAGAGGGUCCUUCCAGUAGCCGCAGCGGUUCUAAGAGCAGCAGCAAGAAGAAGCGAAAGGGGAAGAGGCAGUGGUAGGCUAUUGUUCAUUGCCUUGGCCCCAGGAAAUAUUUUUCUACGAGGAAAUCUUGUAAGAGUUAAUUUUUACUUGCGAUUCAAUAUUGUUACACUCCUGCUAAAUAAUACCUUUCGUUGAUGGCAUCUCGCUCUUCUGUUGUUCUGUCUUGCCUUGCUCUUACACGCAAGUUCAUAACAUUGGUUAAUGGAUGGUAGUGGGAAGAACUUGAGAUAUCAACGACUUACUUUUUGCUUGCUAUGGGGCUGGGGCGCUGUUGGACUUUGAUCAAGAGUAUGGUGGCCUAAAGGCUUGUAAUAUGUGAGGAAUAUUUUGGUUGGAUAGUGGAAAUAGGUGGGCUUGGCUAUCAAGCGUGUGGGGAUUGUUCUCAUGAGUUGUGAAAAGUAGAGCAUACAACUUGGGACUUAAGAGUGCAAUUGAGAGAGGGAGAGGGAGA